CACGUGAUUUACUACAAAUGAAGAGUGAUGCAGUUGCUUAAUGGAGUGAUGCGUUUGCUUAACGUGAAUACGUAAAGCAUUUUUUUAUCUUGAUUAAAGAAGUAGAGGAAAGAUUGAAAGAGAUUCAGAUUGAACUUGAAUGUGAGAAAAACCAAAAAGGUGAUGAAGAAAAACAAUUACAGAAAGGAAAAGAAAAAUUUCGAUGUCAACGUCAAAAAGAAAAACAACAGUUAAGAAGUAAAGGAACUGCUGAAGAAACACGACUUCAGAAUGAACGUCAAGCAUCACAACAUCCAAUGAUUGGCAGAAUGUAUACGCUACGCCAAAGCAUGAACUUAAUUUUGGUAACAACAAAUUAUCUACAAAAUGAACAAUCAUCGUUAUCACAAAUUCGUGAUGAAAAUCCCCUCGAAGCACAUAAAUUAGAUUCCGAGGUACUUUGGUCAAAUGCUCUAUUAAAAGCACAAGGUGCCACAGUCCGUGAUAAAGUUCAGAUGUUAAAAAAAUCAAUUAAAAAGCAAAAGAAAUUAAAACAACGGUCAACGAAAAAAUGGCAAGAACGUCUAGAACAAACAGAAAAACUACAUAGUGAUAAACAACAAAAACGAGUAGAAAAUCUUCAAAAACGAAAAGAUGAGAAGAAAGCAAAACAAAAGAAACGUGCAAUUAAAAGAGGACGAUUAGUUAAAUGA